UGUUUAUUUCAGUGGCGUUUCAGCAUUCGGGCUAGCAGCGGCGCUUUUUCAGUUUUUGGAGCUAUCCCCCCACACCCCUCUCCCAAUCUUUCAGUGAAAUGGUCUUCGAGGAGCUGCUGUUGGCCCUUGGGGCGCUCAUCGGUUACUUGCUGUUCAAAUGGGCCAAGCCUCCAGUCGGACACUUUUUGAAGCGGGGCGUGCCCUAUGAGGCGCCAGUUCCCGUGUUGGGAAAUAUUCCGCUGUCGGUGCUGCUGGGCAGAGCCUCGUACCUGAAGCACAUUAUCGCGGUGCACAUGCGGCUGAAGCAGCAGAAGGUCUACGGCGUCUUCAACAUGCGCGAUCCACUGAUAUAUCUCUCAGAUCCGGAACUCAUCCGCCAGGUGGGCAUCAAGAGUUUCGACAGCUUUGCCAACCAUCGAAAGGGCAUCACCGAUGACAGCAGCGUGUUGUCCAAGAGCCUGCUGUCGCUGCGCGAUCGUCGCUGGAAGCAGAUGAGGAGCACAUUGACUCCGAGCUUCACCAGCCUCAAGAUUCGUCUUAUGUUCGAGCUGAUUCAGGCCUGCAAUGUGGAGGCCGUGGCGUACAUAGAACGGCAGCUGGCAGAGAAUGGAGCCACAGAGCUGGAGCUGAAGGAUUUCUUCACACGUUACACGAAUGACGUGAUAGCCACGGCUGCCUUUGGCAUCCAGGUGAACUCCUUCAAGGACCCCAACAACGAGUUCUUCUACAUUGGGCAGCGAGUCUCAGAUUUAAGUUUGUGGGUCGUCCUCAAGGUGGUGCUCUACGUACUGCUCCCCAAACUGAUGAAGGCCCUUCGGGUUCCCGUGAUAGACAUGAACAAUGUGGAGUACUUCAAGAAGCUGGUCUUUGGCACCAUUCAGCACCGCAAGGAGCACAAAAUCGUGCGCCCCGACAUGAUCCAGCAGCUGAUGGAAGCCCAGCGGCUGUUUAGAGAGGAGCAGGCGGCGCAGGCGUCUCAGGAGACGACCACGCAGGAGGAUCGUGCCGAGUUCAAUGAUGAGGAUCUGCUGGCCCAGUGCCUGCUCUUCUUCUCCGCUGGCUUCGACACGGUGGCCACUUGCUUGAGCUUCACCAGCUACGAGCUGCUCAUGAAUCCCGAGGCGCAGGACAAGCUCUAUGAGGAGAUCAUGGCAACGGAGGCGCAACUGGGAGGCAAGCCCCUGGAUUACGACACUCUCAUGGGCAUGAAGUACCUGGACUGUGUGGUUUCCGAAUCGCUGAGGAUGUGGCCACCGGCCUACAUCCUCGAUCGCAUGUGCGGCUCGGACUUCCAGCUGCACGACGAGGAGGGAAAACUCGUGCUGAACCUCAAGAAGGACGAUCUCAUCAAUAUUCCUGUGGUGGCCCUGCACCACGACCCGGACAACUUCCCUCAGCCCGAGCAGUUCCGACCGGAGCGCUUUGACGAUGACCACAAGCACGAGAUAAAGCCGUUCUCGUACCUCCCCUUCGGCAUCGGCCAGCGCAGUUGCAUCGGCAAUCGGCUGGCCCUGAUGGAAGUGAAGGCCCUGCUCUAUCAACUGGUCCGGCGCUUCCGGCUGGAGCCAACUGAACGCACCACGACGGACAUGAUGGGCAGCAUUGCCGGCUUCCACAUGAUGCCCCGGGAAUCGUUUUGGUGCAAGUUCGUGGCCAGGGUGGGUGGUGAGGAGAAAGUGCACGAAAAUUAAUUAAUCAACGGCGGCCUCAAAGGGGCAUAAGAGCGGGCCCAUUCCAAAGGGCGGUUCCCAUAAGCUAAUAAAUAAUAAUAAAGUUUAAAGUAACACGAAAA